GGCAGGCCGACGCGCGCAGUUGCUCCGAGGAAGCGGUCGGUGGUGGUUGCCUCUCUCUCUCUCUCUUUCCUUUCUGUCUUUCUCCUCUCCUCCCUUUUCUUUCUCUCGCUCCCUCUCUUCGAGGUUAGACCGACCGAUAGUCGAGCGCCGUUCGCGUGACUUGAAGGACACGCGUCAGUCGAGUCUAUCGGGGAAACACACGCGCUCCGUUAUCGAGAUCAUCAUGACAGAAGGGACUCGCAAGGAGGUCCGCGUCUGGUGCGACGGGUGCUACGACAUGGUGCAUUUCGGACACGCGAACUCCCUGAGACAAGCCAAAGCUUUGGGAGAUUAUUUGGUGGUGGGUGUCCACAACGAUGAGGAGAUCGCCAAGCACAAGGGACCUCCGGUCUUCACCGAGCAAGAAAGGUACAAGAUGGUCCGUGGUAUCAAGUGGGUGGACGAAGUGGUCGAAGCUGCGCCUUAUGUGACCACAUUAGAAACGCUGGACAAGUACAACUGUGAUUUCUGUGUACACGGCGACGAUAUCACAACCACAGCGGAUGGCGUGGAUACGUACCACUUAGUCAAGGCAGCCGGCCGUUACAGAGAAGUCCAACGUACAGCCGGCGUCUCGACGACCGAUCUCGUGGGCCGCAUGCUUCUGAUGACGCGGCAACACUUCCGACAGGGCGACAGUGAGUACAGCGUCGACAGAGAGCCCAGCAAGCGCAUGGGCCAAGAUCGAACCGCGCGCAACCCGUGGACCGGUUGCUCGCAGUUCUUGCCGACUACGCAGAAAAUAAUACAGUUUAGCGACGGCAAGGCGCCACAGCCGGGCGACAAGAUCGUCUACGUGGCGGGGGCGUUUGAUCUCUUCCACGUGGGCCACUUGGACUUCCUGGAGGUCGCCAAGAAGGAAGGCGACUACCUUAUAGUCGGCCUGCACACGGAUCCCGCCGUUAACCGAUACAAGUGUGGCAAUCAUCCCAUCAUGAAUCUGCACGAGCGGGUUCUCAGUGUGUUAGCGUGUAAGUACGUAAAUGAAGUUGUAAUCGGCGCACCAUACGAAGUGACGAGAGAUCUGAUGGAGCAUUUCAAUGUCUCCAUUGUGUGUCACGGACAAACGCCUAUAAUGCCCUGCGAGGAUGGCUCGGAUCCGUACGCGGAGCCUAAGCGGCAGAAUAAGUUUAAGUUGUUAGAUAGCGGUAACGACAUGACGACCGAAAAAAUUGUCGAAAGGAUCAUUCUGCACAGGUUGGAAUACGAGGAUAGAAAUAUAAGGAAGGAGAAAAAAGAGCUUGCCGCUUACGAAGCCUUCACGAAGUCUAAGAAAAAUAACAGGACUGAAUAAAACUAUUCGUUUCGCUUCUUCUGUUCGUGACUGUCGCAGCGUGUGUGUGUGCGUGUGCAUGUGUAUGCGUAUGUGAGUGUAUGCGCGCAUGCGUGUCGAGUGUGUGGUUAGGUGUACGAGACCCAUCAGGUUUUAUAGAGUCAAUACAUGUAAAUAUGGUAUUACACUGACACUUAACUUAUUGUUUCGAAAUGCCUUACGUAGUUGAAGUCAAAUAUUGCGUCGACUAGCGGCGUGGCUAUCAGUGUUGAGUUCAAUUCGUUGCGACGCAAUGAAAAGGGGUGCACAACGACGACGAUUGACGACGACAGUCAGAGACGACACUCUGUAUGCAAGGUGUCUCAGAACUAACGCCAUUCCUUCCACCCGCGAACUUGUGUACUGAUUUCCAACUCGAUUUUUUUUUAAUAAACACGUAAAUCUUUAUUCUAAGGAUCGCUAUUAGCGUACAACGCCUUUCUAUCGAUUUCUAAUAAAUUUCAACAGGGCUGCCACAGACCCGGUGAACCGAGAAAACCGGGGAAAGUCGUGGAAAAUGUCAGGAAAACCUGAAGAAAUCAGGGAAAAAUAUAAAAAAAAAACUUAAAAUUUUGAAUUGUAUUUACAAUUCUCCGUUGGCUUGAAUUCGCAUUUAGAAUUGUAUUAUGUUACUAAACUUUUAAGUUUGCGUCGCUCUUAAAUAUUAAAAUUUAAGAUUACAUAUUACUCAUGGAAAAUUCUCCACUGUCGUCUGGUAAACAUGUGGAAGUCACAUGGAAUGUCAAAAUUUAUUUUCUGUGGCAAUCUUGUUCAACUAGAAUUUUGACAGAGGACCCGUGGUCAGGUCUUCGUUGAACGUUGAACAUUCAUUUUCUCCGAUCGCAAGUUUCCUUCUCUCUCGUCUCAGACGAUAGUCCUAGGACAUUCUAUAUGCAUUUCUCGACAUAUUUCUUAAGGAUAACGUCAAGACGAAAGAUGCAUUGCACUUCUUUCGCAGAGCCUUUGGAUGUAGAUAUGCUUAGUAAUUGUCGUUUCUUCACACGAUGUGAACAUUGUGAUGUCGUUGCUUAAAACGCAGAUACGCGCCGGAAGUAAUCGUAAUUAUAAAUAAUCGCACGAGACGCACCGUGGGAGGCGAAAUUGAAUGUCCUUGAAAUCGAGUCGCGAAUAUUCCGACCACAAAUUUCACGCUUGUAAGUUAUUUUCAUUUAUCAUGCGUUAAUCUUCUUAUCACUUCGCUCUCUGUCGUUAUAUUUUCUCUCUCUCUUUCUCUCGCACGCUUUCUACGUGUAUACGCAGAGUAUUUGUUAUCUCAUUCGGCUAGUAACAUAAGCGAACGCGAGUAUAGUUUGAGUUAUAUUCGAGUAUAAUUGCGUUAGAUCCUCAGAGACUGAUCGUUUCUGUCGUGCAAUAUUAAUCGUACGCUUUUCACGCAGUUAGAGAAUAUUUUACAUCCUGAUAUGAGAUGCAUCCUGAAUUAGUUGAAAGUAUCUGUACCCGCGAACGGAACUGUAUCUGAAUAUUACACACGAUUCUCCAUUGUAGAAUUAACUCGGAGAUGUAGCUGAGAUAUACUCGAUUCGGUCUAACUAAUUGGAAGUUCCUGAGCGCUUGCGUAUGCUCAUCGGGUGUCUCUCGGCGAUGCAUUUUGAUCGUUACUUGACGACUGCGGUAUUUAUGGCCAAAAUUCCUCCCUUAGACCGAAAGGUCUUAGACCAGUUAGAACAUAGUCGGUGAACGUUACGACGGAUACGCUUUGUCGAGGAAAUUACAACGUGUAAUUUAAGUGUUAGAUUUUUUAACGCGAAACUAAGAUAUAUCGUACGCCCACCACAACAAAAGGAAAUGUCAACGGAGCCAAAGAUUCGCUAGAUUUAAGGCGCGCAUCAGGUAUAAUGAGCUCAAGUUAUCGCGUGUCUUCGAAUUUUAGCUUAGUCUGCUUCCGGAGAAUGAGAAAAUCGCACGAUCUUUCAUUCCGAUCGUGAGAUAGCACAAUGUUCAGAAUCAUGACAUAAGACAUCUCUAAGACAGCUUUACGUUUUAGCCUUUGUCUACAACCUUGCUUUAAAACGUAAACAGUAAGCAAAUUAAUCAAUCACAGUCGUUUAUUAGAAGAAUAAUCAACAUGGUUGGUCAAUUUGCUUACGACUUACGUCUUAAAGGCUGUGGACAAAAGAUAUAAGGGCUUCAGGAAAAUCUGUAAGAUUACGAAAUUAUUAAGAGAUAAGUAAGAUGUCUUAAAGAUAUCUUAAAGACAUCUUACGCUCCGAUUUUGGGUAUUGUGCUGUCUGGGAUACGUCAAAAUAUAAGACAGAGUUCCUAAACAGCACAAAAUUCCGAAAGACGUCCAAGAGACAUCCUAAAUUCGUUGCACAUCUUUUGGCCGUUUUUUCGACGUCUUUCGAAUACUGUGCUGUCUGGGUUACAAAAGAUCCAAGAGAUGAUUCGAGCUGUUCACUUCGGCCAAAAUAUGAUGCGAUUAAUAAACGCUAGUUCUGCGACGUUAAAUAUUAAGAAAUCGCAACGGACGAUGACCGUCCGUUAAAUUUCCGCCGCGGGAAAAUUGCGGAACGGUGUAGUUCGACGAAUUAUCGUGGCUGGAUGAUCAUUUGUCGAGCCUGGGACGCCAUCGUGUGUAACGGACAAAAGCAAGUUCCUCCGUACGUGACACGACGACAAAUGAACUAGAUUACGCAGGAAAGAGGUUGUACAGUUUGUGAUUUUCUACGGGAGAAUCAACGCUGAAACGAAUUGUAACGCGCAGAGAAAAAUUCUGUUUUAUCUUUUAUUUUAUAAUAAAUAAUCAUUGUACACGUUCGUUC